UCGAAGAUGCGAGUAUGAACAUCGAAAUGGACCCGCCGAACACAAUAUACCACAUUUACGAAAUAAGAUGAAUCACUUCCCCAAAAUGAAAUUGAAAACGAGUUUCACACAAUGAACGAGACGUACGAUAUUUCCGCCGAUGAUGUAACUUGGAUAUUAAGUAACUAUAGUUUUGGGAAUGGAACGAUCAGUGAGGCCGAUGCGAAUAAUUGGUGGGCCCUUAUAGCAUUAGUACUAGUUGUGUGUACAGCUGCGGGCAAUGUUUUGGUAUGCUUAGCAAUAUACUUGGAGAGGCGGCUACAGAAUGUGACGAACUAUUUCCUGAUGUCUUUGGCGAUCACAGAUCUCCUUGUCGCAGUGUUAGUUAUGCCGGUUGGGAUUUUGACGCUUGUGAGAGGCUACUUUCCGUUGCCAGCGGUGUACUGCCUGGUAUGGGUGUGCCUCGACGUGUUGUUGUGUACAGCCUCCAUCAUGCAUUUGUGCACCAUAAGCGUCGACAGAUAUCUUUCUUUGAGGUAUCCGAUGAGAUUCGGUCGAAACAAGACGAGGAAGAGAGUGACAAUCAAGAUUAUGUUCGUUUGGAUUUUAUCUACCGCCAUGAGUCUCCCUCUCAGUUUGAUGUAUUCUAAGAAUGAAGAAUCAGUACUAAUAGGGGGUUCUUGUCAAAUUCCGGAUCCCCUAUACAAAGCGAUUGGAUCCGUUAUAUCCUUUUAUAUUCCUCUGGGUGUGAUGCUGCUUACGUAUGCCCUGACUGUACAGCUUCUUGCAAGGCAAAGGAAAGGCCUCGGGCAAGGAUGGGCAGCAGGCUGGCUUGGUGGGGUUCCUAUCGAACGCCGAUGUACUUGGAAGAGGUUUCUCAGUCCUAGAAGCGGUACCCCACAACAUUCAGCUGCUUCAACUGAAACUGAAUUACCACCGAUUGACACUAGAGAUCUGUGGCUUCAGGACUCGAGUGAGCCUGCUCCGUCAGCAAUGAGCGCACUGCAUCAUUUUGGGGCAGAGAUGUUGCGUCUGUCGCGCGGCUUGGAAGCUUCUGCUGCAGCUAAGACAUCCAAAGGAACCAAUAUAUCCGAUAAGGGUGGUAUGCUUACACCAGGCUCGUUGAGCGUAUCAUCCAGUUCACCAUCAUCUAUGUUACUGGACAAAAGACGACCGUCAUCCACAUGUGACCCUAACACACCACUACACCGCGCUAGAAGUGCUUCUGACGAUGAAAGCAAUGAUGGUCUUCUAGCUCCAGUCACAUUAACAGCAAAAUCAAGAAGUUCUGAAGAUGGCCUACUUCUGCCUCCACCUUGCACUUGCCCCUAUUUUGGGUCAGACUCAACUCCCCCGCGGCGUACUACAGAAGUCAUAAUAGUUCCUGGUGGGGAUAUCAAUGGAUGUAACGGUUAUCCUAGGAACGGAACUCAAAACUCUGAAGAAUCUCCAAACUUUUUUAGACGCCCAAGUAGAGGUGCAUCUUCUAUAGUGACCUGGGAAGAGGCCAGAAGAUUUCGACGUGGUUCAAGCUUUGGCGCUAGGACAGCCUUAUCCACGCCAGUAAGAACCAUUCGAAACCAAAGAUCAAUCAAUUGUCGCCCUCAAGGCUCAACGUCUACACCACAAAGACAAACGCCCAGGACACAUCAUUCUAGAAAUUCCAGUGUCAUAUCACGAAAUUCCUCUCGACAUGGAAGAAUACUGCGCCUAGAACAGAAAGCAACCAAAGUUCUUGGGGUAGUUUUUUUUACAUUUGUUGUGCUAUGGGCGCCAUUUUUCAUUCUGAAUAUGGUACCAGCAGUAUGUCCAGAAUGUGAAAAGAGAAUACCGAUAUGGGUAUUCGAUUGUGUACUUUGGUUGGGUUAUGCCUCAUCUAUGGUGAAUCCUAUUUUCUAUACAAUUUUUAAUAAGGUGUUUAGGCAGGCCUUCAAAAAGGUGCUUUUGUGUCAGUAUUGUAAAAAGAGAUAGCCAGCACCCUGGGAGCGUAUCCGACCAUCCUCUGAUCCAGGCCUUGGAGCGCUCUCAGUAAAUAGAAACGUAAGAUCUCAAUUUGUGUAAACAGAGCUUUAAGUAAAAACGCUUUUAGGUAAAACUAGUCGUAGUUUUAAGGAAAAAACAUUUUUUUUCUAGUCGUAC